AUGCAUUCCUUUGAUUGUUCUUCUUCUUCAUGUGUCAUCUUCUUUGCUGCAAUUCUCUCUUUCCUUCUUACGUUUUCUCAUUCGUUAACGUUACAAUCGGACAUCGAAGCUCUUCAAUCCCUUAAACUCUCCGUCGAUCCGAACAUGAUCCCGCCGUCGUCGUACCUCACGACUUGGGAUUUCUCGGCCGAUCCAUGCGAGACUUCCGGUUCGAAAUUCCUGGGAAUUUUAUGCUCUUUCCCUCAAGGCAACUCAACGAGCCGAAUAACAGCGCUCGAGCUUGAUAGCGUUGGAUAUGAGGGAUUUUUACCACCCAGAAUAGGAACACUUACCGCACUCACCACACUCGACCUCAGCGGUAACAAGUUCAGAGGGCCGGUGCCGGAGACCAUAAAGAACCUCAACAAACUAACCAGAAUCUCUCUUUCCGGUAACUUUUUUACCGGCGGUAUCUGGACAUGGAUAUACAGGUUGAAGAAGCUUGAAAGGAUAAACCUGUCUGGAAACCAACUCUCCGGUCGGAUCCCUGCUCGGAUUUCCAAGCUAAGAAGAUUGACUCACUUAAGCCUAUCGAACAACGAGUUUUCACAAAGAAUUCCCAGCCUUUAUGCAUUGGAAAACCUGCAGACACUCGAGCUCGACUCGAACAUAUUGAUCGGAAGCUUGCCAAAGCUUCCUUCAGGGCUAACAACUUUAAGAUUGUCACACAACAAACUGACAGGCCAUAUCACAUCAUUAGUUGACCUCGAGCAUCUAUUAUACAUAGAUUUGAGUGAUAACUGGUUUUCAGGACCUGUUAACCGGGGAGUUCUUGCAUUACCUCGGUUGACAUACCUCAAUGUCUCCUUCAACAAGUUCAAAAAAAUGGAGGUGAACAACUACUUCGGAAGCGGGUCCAGGCUUCGAACGCUCGACGCGCAAUGGAAUCUCCUGCAAGGUCAUUUACCGGUUAAGUUGGUGAACUUCGAGAGAUUAGUAGUGAUUAAUCUGUCACACAAUCAGUUUACAGGUGAAAUCCCCAUAGGGUAUGCACAAAGAUUGGGGAGGCCAUGGAGAACCCUGUUUUUAGAUCAUAACUACUUAUUGGGUCGCGUUUCGGUAGAGUUCGGCAGCGCCGUCGCGAGGAUUAGAGGUAGUCUGGCGAAUAAUUGCCUGAGAUGCCCUUUAAGGAUCCCGCUUUGCCGGGGGCAGCAGAGGCCGGCAUCGGCAUGCCAUGGUUAUACUCAAAAUACCACGAAUCAUUUAGAGAACUAUUGA